UUUGCGGCAAAAGGAUGUUCCCGGAGCCGCGCAUCGUCGGCGGCACGAAAGCGGCCUUCGGGCGGUGGCCGUGGCAGAUAUCGCUGCGUCAGUGGAGAACCUCGACCUAUCUGCACAAGUGUGGCGCUGCGCUACUCAACGAAAACUGGGCCAUCACGGCGGCGCACUGUGUGGACAAUGUGCCACCCUCGGACCUGCUGCUGCGCUUGGGCGAGUACGAUCUGGCACUCGAGGAGGAACCGUACGGCUACCAGGAGCGACGCGUGCAGAUUGUGGCCUCUCAUCCCCAGUUCGACCCGCGAACGUUCGAGUACGAUUUGGCACUGCUGAGAUUCUACGAACCCGUCGGCUUCCAACCGAACAUCAUCCCCGUGUGUGUGCCGGAGAAUGACGAAAACUUCAUCGGCCGGACUGCCUUCGUUACCGGCUGGGGUCGUCUCUACGAGGAUGGACCACUGCCGAGUGUGCUUCAGGAGGUCACCGUACCGGUGAUCGAGAACAAGAUCUGCGAAACGAUGUACCGGAGCGCGGGCUACAUUGAGCACAUCCCUCACAUCUUUAUCUGUGCCGGCUGGAAGAAGGGAGGCUACGACUCCUGUGAAGGUGACUCCGGCGGUCCGAUGGUCAUCCAGCGCCCGGAUAAGCGGUUCCUUCUGGCCGGCGUCAUUUCGUGGGGCAUAGGCUGUGCCGAGCCGAAUCAACCGGGCGUCUACACCCGGAUAUCCGAGUUCCGAGACUGGAUCAAUCAGAUACUGCAGUUCUAG